AUAAGUAUUUAAAUAUUAAACAGCAGAAGAGAGGCCGGUUUCAUAGUUGACUGCUAUCACAAAAACGUUAUCUGGAAAAAAGGUGGAAAAGAGAAGAACAUCAUGUCGAAAGUUGAAAUAACCUGUCGGGAAGACAUUAUUAAACUACCCGAUAUUGCGUCUUUGCGUGCUUUGAAAAAACAGUGGAAAGUCGAAACAGAUGGACGGCCACUGAGAGAUCGUGAGGACUAUGUCCGCCUGCUGUUGGAGGUUUACGACUCCGGCAUAAGUCCCAAAGGGGGAGGUCCGCCCCCACCAGACCCAAACGCCGGCCUGGCAGAAGCCAUUCAGCUGGACACACAGAACAGGGCGCGAUUACAGGAAUUCUACGAUGAUGUGUUGAAGUACUAUGGAAGUUUAACCCCCCAGUUUCAAAAAAGCUUGAACACUGCUUAUCCUGACCUUGUGAACAGGAUUGCUGGGCGGAGAAAGGAACUGGAUUCUAGAGAGUUAGUGAUUCUUGUGGCAGGUGAUACAGGUGCAGGGAAAUCCAGUUUCAUCAACCUCCUGUUGGAAACCGACAUACUUCCGGUCGCCGCCAUCGCAGCGACACAAACGAUAUGCGAAAUGCGGAAGUCAAAAAAUGGCGAGAAAGUGGCAAUGUGUUUUUUUAAGACUGAAGAUCCUAAAAAGCGCAGACCUCCAGAUAUCAUCAAGAUCGACAAUCCCGCUGGAUUAGAAGAACUGAAGGAGCGUAUCAAAUAUAGAGACGACGAAGACGAUAGUCCCUUUGAACGUAUAGAAAUAUAUAUGCCAUUUAGAAUGUUAGAGGAAGGGGUAGUAAUUGUAGAUAGUCCUGGCUUUGGAGAGCAUGGACGAAAAAGUGGCCAGGUUGAGCGCUAUCUAGCGAAAUCUUUCGGUACUAUAUACCUUGUUAAUACCGCUGCAGCAGGGGGAGUUAAUGCAGGACGACUGAGAGACUUCCUCCGGUUUGUUGUGAAUUCUGCUGGUGAGGAUCAUGACCCCUCUGCUACCAUCUUUAUCGGUAAUAAAAUAGACUGUGUGGACCCCAGAGAUCUGCAAGAAGUUAAAAACACCACUACCUACAAACUCAAGCAGUGCUACCCUGGUCUAAAAGACAGCAAUGUGUUCUUCAUGUCAGUCAAUGAAGCUUCUCAAAUGGUAAAGCUGAAGUCAAGAAGUGCGGAUCAUCAGGAGGUUUUGGUGCAAGGUAUACAGAAAUUGUUUCCUGCAAGUCUUAGAAACAAACUGAACAGUCACUACAGAUUUCAGUCACAGAUAUUGAAAAGAACUCUAGUCUCUCUUAAAGUAGCUCGAACAAUGGCGCUAACAGGUAGAGAGAGACAGCAAAAUGAAAUCGAGGAUAUCCAAAGGCGAAUGAGGGUCCUGGAGCAAAACGCUAAAGCAACCAUAAAAAACUUGAAAACUGACAUCAGGUACGAAGAGGACCAUCUAUAUGAAGAUUUAGCCUCCUCUCUGCGAAGCAGAAGUUUUACUGAAAAGGUGUUUGAUAUUCAAGAGAAACAAUGCGCCAAACCAUCAAGAGACUGGAAAGCUGUAGCACAAGAUGCCAAUGAAAUUAUUGGCAAUAUAAUAGCCCAGGAGGUGGACAAAUGGGAAGCUGAAAAUAAUUGCGAGUUAGGCAUUAAAGCAAGGAUAUUGGACAAGUUCACCAAAGAGUGUCAAGUGUAUGAGAACCAGCUUAAAGAAAUAGAAAGUGCACUUCUGGAUGGUGACGUGAGAGUGAUUAAAGAUCUACACAAAUCUAUGAAAAAGCAAGCUCCAGUACGACAAAUUUGGGCACGAGCUAAGGACACCAAAUCUGGCGGUGGUGGUGGUGGUGACAAAUUGAACAGUCUGGGGGCCUUGGUGAGCAGUGCAGGGGGUCUGUCAACCAGCAACAAACGGGUUAAAGAUCAUUGCAGAGGAUACUCUGCCAAAAACCAGCUACAGGGCAUGAAGUCUCUGAUUUCAAUUUUCAUUGAAAACAUUUUUGAUGGAAAUGACUUGAGGGUCAAAAUAAGCAAAUUUGUUGGAAGAUUUGCAAAAGGCGUAGAUACUAUUGCAAAAAAGAUUCCAGAUUUUGUCGAGGCUGAUAAGGAAUUGAUUAAAAAUAUCCAAGAAGACAUCAAGAACGCAGAAUACAAUCUAAGAGAAGUUUUUCCCAAAUGUCUUGGUGGAGGCACCAGGCUGCAAGGACAACUUGAUGUUUUCUAUGUUAAAAAGAUAAUGGAAAUGGACUAUCGCCUGAGGGACCUAGAAUACAACCCAACGGAAGACCUGCUUGGAAGUGGAGCUUUUGCCAAUGUCUAUAGGGGAAAACUUGUCUGCUAUCGUCCACCAAUACAAGUAGCCCUAAAAAUAGGAAAAGACUAUUUACAAGAGAACAAUGUAUCUGACGUACUACUGGAGGAUGGAACGAUGAGAGAGUUGGAUCAUAAGAAUAUUGUCAAAUAUUAUGGCGCCACUUUGCGCGAAGAGAAAAUCAAAGGAAAAGGGCGGCUAUUCUGGAUCAUGAUAUUGGAAUUUUGCUCAGGUACUCUAAAAGACAAAAUCAUUAAUGACGACUAUGACAAUCCGGCCAAAGUCGGAAAAAUCUACUCCGUUCAGGUGGAACAAAUGGAAGAGAUGGCUAGAAUGGUGAUAGAAAUCUGUGAGGGUUUGCGAUACUUACAUAAUAAAGAUCUGGUUCAUAGAGAUCUAAAACUGGAAAAUAUAUUGCUUGCAAAGGGAUCAGAUGGCAAAGAUGUUAUUAAACUCACAGAUGUUGGGUUGACUAAACCACAAAGAGAGAUAGGGGGAAGCAUAGUCGGAUCUCCUGCUUAUAUGGCUCCGGAAGUUCUGCUCCAAACGGAAAUUCACAACCGGAAGGCAGAUAUAUUUAGUUUGGCCAUUAUUCUCUGGGAGAUGUGGUAUGGAAUUGAUGCCGCGGAGCACAUCCAGUCGCAGUUAUUUGGAACUUUAGAAAGCGCUGUAAAGGGCGGACUUCGACCCUCAAUGACAAUUGAGCACAAACCUCCGGCCGACUGGAUGGCUUUGAUUAAGCGUUGCUGGGAUUAUGAUCCAAAAAAUCGUCCAGAAGUGGAUGAAGUUUUGAAUCAUUUCGCUAAUUUUCUGAAACACUAACUUUUUUUUUACCUUAAUGCAUCAAAUGCUUUUUUGUUUUUGGUUCGCAUGACAUUCUCUUCAUCAAUCUGUUGAUUGUAAAAUUGAGAAUAAAACCAUGUAGUGGUAAACAUUCAUGGCCUCUGAGUUUGAAAUUUUGUUGUAAAAUAAUGUUUAUGUGCACAAUAAAGUUUAUCCAACAUCUAAA